AUGCUUGGCCGGAAGAGAGAAGACCAGAAGGAUGGACCCGGUGGCAAGAAAAGGAAGAAGUGGCAGGAGGAGUCAGAUGACGAGGAGGAGUCGGAAGCGAAGAAUGUGACCGUGGAGGAGAUGGAGGAGUGGAAGGCAAAGAUGGAAGAGGAAGAGAAGCAGGAAGAACGUGAGCGCCAGAAGCGUGAGCGCGAGGCCAGAGACGAGGCCGAGCGAAAGGAGCGAGAGAGGCUGCGGCGCUUGGAGGAGGAAGAGCGCGAGCGGCGCGAACUCGAAGAGCAAAUGGAAGAGGAGGAGCGCCAGCGGCAGGAGGCUCGUCGCGAGGCCGCUGAGCGUGCGGCGGAGGAGGCCAAGAGGCUUUGGGACAAGCCACCCGCCGAGGCUGCUCCUGUUCCGGUGGUGGUCCCGGCUCUCAUAGCAUCGGCUGCCUUGCCACCUGUACCGGCACCUGCGCCGGUAGCCGUACCGGCACCAAAGACGCUCUCUGCCCUCAUGCAGGCCCAAGCUGCCGGAGCGAACAUCGCUGCCUCGCUUCUGGCCGCGCAGCCGGCUAUGGCGCCUGGCAUACCCGGAAUGGCAAUGGCUGGAGGAGAGGAAGCAGCUGCUGGCGACGUCACGGCUCAUGUUCAAGUACCUGCUGGCCGGGUCAAAGACUUGCUCGGCGUGCAGGGAAGGAACAUCAAGGCCCUGAAAUCUCAGACCGGCGUCGUGAAAGUUGGCGUUCUGGACCGGAAUGAUCCAGCAAACGUUGAAAUUGUUGGUGCCCCGGCGGCGGUGGAGAAGUGCAAAGCGCUUGUCAGCUGUAUUGUUGAGGGCGACCUCGCCGCCAUCGGCAACAUCACCGAAAUCUUGGACAUAGAGCCGAGGCUCAUCUCGCGGCUCAUCGGUCCAAGAGGCCAAAAUAUUUCCAACAUGAAGGACCAGAGUGGUGCAUACCUGGCAGUGAAGGAGCCGGCACCUGGAAUGGGCAACAAGGUGGUCAUCGUGGGCUUUCCGGAGUGCGUGGUUCGUGCGAAGGAGUUGGUAGUUUCUUUCCUGAGCCACGAGGCCGCCGCCGCAGGGCCGGGACCAGGGCCGGGCUUCGGAAUGGGACUGCCGCCACAACCGCCCCUUCCGCAUCCGCACGCGGCCCCUGUGCCUGUCAAUACCGUGAGACCCAUGCACGGCCAGGUGCCUCCGAUGCCUACGCCUGCGUGGACCGGUCAGGGCAUGGGCUGCGGCAAAGGAAUGCCUGGCGGAAAGGCGCCGGAUGCCGGCACUUGGACACCAGGCAAAGGUGCCUGCGAUGGAGGUUGGCAUGAUCCCUCUGCUUGGCAGGGCGAGGGCCAUCAGUGGGGUGUGGCCAAAGGUGACUGGGGCCCUCCGCAGCCAUGCCGCGGCCAGUUCGGGAAAGGCCCCUGCUCUCCCGCUGUGACAGGACACGGACACGGUGAUGAGAGUUGGCCUCAAGAAAGCUGGGACUAUGGCAACAGCGCUGCUAGUGGUGCUGUUUACCAGCAGGGUCCUCAUCAGGCUGCAGACUAUGCCGGAGCGAUUCACACAGGCCGCCAAGAUCAUGGCAGCGCCGGGAACGGCUUUGAUGCGCGCAGCCAGGGCAAGGGUGGGUCGAUGGAUGCCUGGAGCCACGCGGCAGCGAGCCAGGAACAGUGGCACGGAUACGGCAACGACCAACAAGGAGGCUGGGGCCACUGGUCUCCACAGGCCGAGUGGGAUGAAAGAUGGGGCCCAUGCGAUGGUUCCAAUGGCUCAGGCCAGAAGGGGGCUUCGCCGAUGCAUCAUGCAGCUCGGCAUCAAGCCUCCGCCUAUGGCGGCGAUGCCGGCGACUACGGCCAUCAUCCCGAAUGGGGCAGCCACAUGUGA